AAAAGACAAUAGGGUUUUUCACAGUUUCUUUCCUCUCCCUCAAUCUUUUCCUCCUCUAGCCGCUGCACUUUUGAACAAAACACCAGGCCACGGCUCGCCGUCCUCCUCACCGGCUCCGCCCUGUAGUUCCGUCAUCACGACCAGCUGCCCUAAAUUUGCACAAUAAAACCUAUCUAGGUGUGUAAAUUUCGAUGGGCGAACCAAUGUCGGACCGACUCAGUGCACUCCUGCCAACGCAUAGAGAAGAAAGUACUGCUUCUAGUUCAGAAGUUUCAUCUAAUGAGAACCAACUGCGGAUAGGCGAAAAAUUAGUGAUUUUUUUAACAAAAGAAAUUGGUAAAAGCAGCAUGGGGACCGUUGUCUAUGAGGGAUCUUAUGAAGGUACACCAAUUGCUGUGAAACGGAUUCUCAAGAGUCAUCAUGAAAUGGCUGAUCAAGAAAUCAAGAAUUUUGAAGCAUCUGCUCAUCACCAAAAUGUUGUCAAAUAUUAUGGGGUGGAGCAAGACAGAGACUUUAUUUAUCUUGUUCUGGAGCUAUGUGAUUGCAAUUUGAGUGACCUUAUCGAAAUGCCUUCUGCGGCUUCUUUAAAUCAAUACGAGUAUGUAUCAAAAGAUGAUCAUUGCAAUACAAUUUCUAUAACUUCAAGUGAAGAACAUUCAGAGCUACCGAAGAAUAUUUUGGAAGAUGCUGAGCUUUGGGAUGAUAAUAAACGCGCUACACCAUUAUUACUAAAAUUGAUAUGGGACAUAGUUCUUGCAAUUGAGCACCUGCAUAAUUUGCGCAUAGUUCACCGAGACAUAAAGCCCGAAAACGUAUUGAUACAAAAGCAAAGCUCAUCUUUUCAUGCAAAGCUUUCCGAUAUGAACAUCAGCAGACGCCUUCUUGAUAAUACGUCUGCGUUGAGUAACCAUUUUUCACGUUGCGGCACUACAGGCUGGAAAGCGAGAGAAUGGCUUCUUUUUGAACGCCAAACACCUGCAAUGGAUUUGUUUUCCUUAGGUUGCCUCAUCUUUUAUUGCAUCACUCGCGGUAUACAUCCAUUUGGGGACCAUGAUGAACGCAAUAAGAAUAUUAAGGAAGAGAAUGUGAAGAACAUGUUUUUGGUACAAGAUUUCCCAGAAGCUUCUCAUCUCAUUUCUCUUUUAUUACAACCAGUAUAUUGGUUAAGGCCAGAAGCAAGUGAGGUGUUGCACCAUCCUCUGUUCUGGGUUGCAAAGAAAAGACUUUUUUUCAUUAGCGACUUUAUUGAUAGAGUAAGCGAAGACUCUAUUCUUUCUGCAGAGCUCGAAUCUGCUGCAAGCACAAUUUUAGGUACUGAAAGGAUAAUAAUGGUAAAUGUGGUUCCAAACUCGAACAAAGAGGUGGAUACAGAGAUAAUCACGCACAUUUCCCUCUCUGCAAAAAGGGAUUACAAGUUUAACAGCAUUCGUGAUUUGCUGCAACUGAUUCAAUACAUAUUGAAGCAUUAUGAACAGCUCCCAAGAGAUAUUCAGAUUCUAGUCGGACCGCUAUAUGAAGGACUCGAUGACUAUUUUACAAGAAAAUUUCCCACGCUCCUGAUGACAAUGUACGUUGUUGUAUGCACUCAUUGUAAAGAAGGGUUGUUCAGUGAAUAUUUUGAGAGGAAUCUGAAGCUAGCUAGCUGAGGGGUCUCAAUGCAAGUUUAUGCAUUGAUAUAACCUUGUUUUUCUUUUUAAACCAAGAGCUGCAUAUAAUAGAAACAAGCAUAGAAUUUUUGUUUAGCCAAGCU